AUGGCGCUCCUCUUCUGUCAUCUUUCCAACUUUUCUCUGCUUCUUCUUCUUCAUCAUGGGGACCCUAAAAUUCUCAACGGUUCAAUCUCAACGUCUCCCAAAUCCUUCCCCCUUCACUCUCCUCCUUUCCCCACAAACCCUUUUCCUCUUUCCCUUUAUAAACCUUCUCUUCUGUUUUCAUUCCGUUUUUGUUCCUUCCAUUUUAAGCCAAGUUGUGCCCUAUUUUUGGAGGGAAAAAUUAGCUCCCUAUAUUUAGCAUUGAAACUGGAAACGGGGUCCGAGUUUUAGUUGUGGUUGAGAAUUUGUGGCGAAAAACUGAUCGGUUCUUGAUCAUAGGAAAAGCAGGUUAGUUUUAGUGAAUGUGUUUUUCCUUUCUGAGAUUGAGUUUGUUUUCAAUCUCUACCCACCACCACACCGGGCUUGUUUUCUGCAACAUGGCUUGGCUGUUUCCAUUUUGAUAUUUAAUUAUUGGUUUCUUUGCACAGAAGUGUUUUCAAUUUCAAUUCAAUGGUCUCUUCCCAGGUUGAAUUCGCUUCGUCUUCGCCGUUUUAUUGUGUUUUGAGAGACUUUAACAGCAGGGUAGAUAGAUGCAGAGAAAGCAAUGCCACUGCCGCCGCGUUUCAGAAGAAUCUAAAAGAGCUUGUCCGGGGUCAAUUUCAGAAUCAUAUUAGCGUCCCUGUAGAUGAGAAUUUGAAGAAUCCAGUGAGUAAAAUCGAUUCCUGUGGAGCUGAAGAACAAGGGAAUGAUAAUCAGAAUCAACACCAUCAUCGAAAUUUACAGUUUCCGAGUAGUAAUCAUAGCAAGAGUAACAAGAUUAAGAGGAGUGAUGGCGAUUCUAACGUAAAUUCUUCCUCGAAACAGUCUCGGAUUCGUGAUAAGUGGGCUACGAUACAGGCUCGAGUUAUGCAGUCAAAAUUGGAGAAACAGAGCCGAGAGGCAGAGCUUUUGGGUUCUUCGUCAGGAACGCCAUCAAUGUAUAAUGGAGAAAGUUCAGAAAAUACUGGAGAUUCUUGUCAGCUACAAAAGUCUCCAAGUGUUGGGAAAUCUGGCGCUUCUUCUCUUGUUCAGAUGUGGGAGGCGAGACUUAAUCAAUCCAACAGUGUGAAAUUGAACCAGAGCUCAGAAUCAAACUUGAGCAGGACACCUUCAGGUCAAAACAUCACUGAAGUUAGUGAAAAUCCUGAAAAUGUUGAAAAUAAAACUGAGAAUGCGUCAUCUGGUGUUGGUGAACCAAUACAACAAUCCGAAACCAGGGAUACUUCAACUGAUUCAGGGCAGCAGUCUGAUAAAACAGCCGCCAAUGAACUGCCUGCCGGAGUUGUUUCGGAUGCUGGAGAGAGGGAAAGGCUUCGAGUCGUCGAUAUUAUAAAGAAAUUAACAAGUGGUACUGAUGAAAAUGAUGGUGAAACGGUUGCGAAUGCAAGCGAAUCAUCAUUGAAAGAGCGAAAAAGCAUUUCUAUGCCAGAUCAAGCAGAGCAAAAAGAGAAAAAAGUCCUUUCAGUGUCUGUGAGCAUGCCAAAAAUUAGAGGGCGACAAGCUUUUAAUGAUUUGCUUAUGCAAAUGGAGGGCCAAAAGCUUCGAGAGCUUGAAUCGCUGGUAGAACGUCAUGCAGUUUCGAAUUUUGCACAUCGCGGACGCAUUCAAGCAAUGCUUCGGGUUAGAUCUAUGCAACGGGGCUGGGCAAUUCAAGAGCAGCAGCGUCAGCUAGCAAAAGGGUCUUCAAUUAUGCAUCGCAGGGAAAAAUUUAACUCAGUUGCUGAGAAUAGAGCCACAGCCCAAAGUGAUGCAAGUAGUUCAAAAAUCUGUAACUCAGAUAUAGCAGGCAACCCGAAACAUUUGAGUACUUCUUCCUCCUCCAAUCGGCUAGGCGAAAACAGUCAGAAUCAGGAAGUUGUCGCUGUUGGGGAACAAGUUACAACUAAAAUGGAGAACUUGGAACCGAAAACGAGCAAUCAGGAUAGGCAGAAAGUGUCUAGUCCAAGGAAAAAUGUUACGACUGCUGAAGUAACAAAAGCCUUGAAUGGUCAGAGCAGAAGUGAAAUAGCUAAAGAUCAAGGGGCUACUCACGGGCAAGAAGUCGAUGACAGGUGCCUUGACUCCCAAGAUACUUCAGAAAUAGCUGAAUCCUCGAAUUGUGGGGACGGGACUGAGCUAGAAGAAGAAGAGAUCUAUUAUCAGGGCCAGUCUGUAAAUCCCCACUCUGAUUGGAUAAGUGAAAUAUCGCGCCCUCGAAGUUAUUGGGAAGAUUGCAGAAAAGAAUGGUACCAAGAGAUGCUAAGUAGUAGCUCAGGCAAUAAUGAGAUACGCCAACUCAUUGAAAGAAGGAGAGUGUCCACUUAUCUUGCUAGUGACUUCCGAGAAACAAUGGAUCAAUUGGUGACUACUCGUGUCGAAAGACAGAUUGAACUAGAGGCUUAUGAAAAAGAAGAACAGGAGGAGUUGAGUCGCGAGCGAAUAAGUGAAUUGUUGUUGGCUCAUUUACAGAGGUGCAUGCAAUCAGCAGCUUCCCAAGAAGAGGAACAAGUAGUACGAGGAAAUGAAGUUGAACAAGUAGACGAAGAAGAGCAAGAAGAGGAGGAAGAAGAAAGUUCAAGAAGUCACGAGGAACGUGAAACAAGUGAUUAUUCUGAGCAGUCCUCCUCACAAACAAUGCAAAUUGCUUCUACCUCUGCAAGUUAUCAAGGCCAAGAAGUUGGUGAUGAAUCUGAAUCAACUCCUGAACCUUUACAAGCUCAGGCUUCUUAUCCAGAUAGUCAGCUGUCCUCUUCUUUGACAACAAGUCUUUCAUUAGAAAUGAAACUUAUAUAUGAAUUAAAAGGACAACUGGAACAACUCCGCCGUGAGAUGAAUGAGCUGAGAAGCUCUAUAAACAGUUGCAAGGGCACGCAAGUGAAACCGCAACAUUCCAAUCCACAGGAACUUCAUUCAGUACGAGGAAUGGGGAACAAUCCACCAGAUGGGGCACUAAAGAAACGUAGUUGUUGUAUUUGCUAUGAAAUGCAGGUGGACUCACUUCUUUACAGAUGUGGGCAUAUGUGCACCUGCCUGAAAUGCGCCCAUGAGUUGCAGUGGAGCAGUGGAAAGUGUCCCAUAUGCCGCGCUCCCAUAGAAGAUGUUGUGCGCGCAUAUAUGGAUUCAUAGAUGACCGUCAAGACCUCAUGAACGGCUGUCCUUUAAAAAACUUGAUGCGAGAAGCAGGAAUUGGACGUUACAUAUAUGGAAGUUCUUCUUCUUUGCUUUGUACAUAUAAAUAACAACAAAACCUUGACUCUAUACAUAGAUAUAAAUGACAACAGUCACUUCCAUAUAAAAAUGUUCCAAAAUUUUUUUCAUUUUGGAAGUGCUCUUUGCUUGAUAUGCUAUGAAAAAUUUAGUUUAUUUCUUAGGAUAUUCAUUUUUGUAUAAGGAUAAUAACAUCCGUAGCUAUGAAACUGUUACU